AUGUUUGAAAACGUCGUCACUCCUCGACUGCAUGUCAAACAAAGCUGGGUCCAACCCAUUGCGAAUUUUCCUGCUGCAAACAACGUCCUCGAUAUCCGGUCCGACAAGGAAGAUGUCCAACUUAAAGAAUCCCUGGAACGAAACAUCCGUACUGCUUGCCAUGAGGAUGGAGAGGCUGCGCUGCCCGAUCUCCUGCUCUGGGACGAGCAGGGACUACGGUACUUUGAAGAGGUCACUUACACUCCAUCAUACUACUUAACCAACGAGGAAAUUGCGCUACUGGAGAGACACAAGUAUCAGAUCGCAGAGCAUAUCCCGUCUGGGAGUAUGCUGGUUGAACUAGGCAGUGGUAAUCUCCGCAAGAUCCGAAUCUUACUCGACGCCCUUGACGAACUAGGUCGCGAGGUGGAUUACUUCGCUCUGGACCUCUCUUAUCCCGAACUCCAACGGACGCUCCGUUUGGUGCCCCCGGGACGGUUCCGACAUGUGCGCUGUUUCGGUCUCCUCGGAACCUACGACGAUGGGCGCGAAUGGCUUGAACGACCCGAAAUCAAGUCCCGUCCAAAGACUGUGCUGUCGCUUGGAUCUACCCUCGGAAGCUUGCAGCGAGCGGAGACACCUGCCUUUCUGUCCAGCUUUUGUUCGGGAUGCGCCGACAACAAACCAUCUUUCCUGGUCGGACUAGACGGCUGUAAGCAGGAAGCACGAGUCCUAUCCGCGUACAAUGACCCAGAUGGUAUCAAUCGCAGAUUUAUCAAGAAUGGGUUAGUGCGGGCCAAUGAGAUCAUGGGCCACGAAGUUUUCGAUCUCGACCGGUGGGAUGUCAAGGGCAUCUGGGAUGCAGAGAAUGGAAGUCAUAACCAAUAUUACUUCCCUCGCAGUAAUGUGGAUCUCGCAGGAAACAUCAUCUCAUCGGGGAAGAAAUUACUCGCGGUGAAGAGCCAUAAGUACGAUGCGGAAGAUCGAGAUACGUUGUGUCGGAAGGCGGCACUCCAGGAGGAGGAUUGUUGGGCCUCAGACACAGAUUACAGUGAGUGUGGCAAUUAUCCUAGAUUCCUUGAUUUCUGGGUACCUGAUUCCCUGAUUUCGUGCAGAUCUGCUGUUCCUGAAGCCGAUUAG